AUGCGCGCUUUGGCCGACAGCCGCAGUCGCGGAAAGGACCAGUGGCAACAGUGGGGUGGGAUACAGUCUUGGAGAAGAGAUCCCAGUAUCCUGCCUCAAUCGGACCGCAUAACAGAUGAGCUGGGCAAGCUACAGUACAUCCCGUUUGCAACCUGCAAUGAGACCUCGCGUCCCCUGGUCCUCCACUACGGUGUCUCCGAAACAAUCACCUGCACGAUCCCCUCACUUUCAGACUCCCUCUACCACCUCUACGAAUUCUACGUGCACUCUGACGUCCCAAUGACCUGCCGCGUCCCAACAGCGCCCUUAUCAAGCACCACAAAAGCAGAUAAAGAGUCCGAGUCCGGCGAAGUUGACUCGCUCGCCGCGCUGAACGAGAACGGCCCGCCCUUCACCCCAGUCACCGUUGCGCUGCAGGGAACACUGCAGCUUAGCCACUUACACAUCUGGACGGAUAUGAAUAUGCUCAUGCAUAAUAUGGCUUCUGAUCCUGCGGCGCAGGAACUGCAACCUAAACACGCCCAAACUGGGCAGCCUGGGUAUGCGGUUGCUGGGACGGCAUACUCGACUCCCGAGUUCGAGGCUACUGUUAAGGGUCUUGCGCUUGAUGACGACGAAGAGUCUGUUGCUCUCGCGCAAGCUGCGCGCGAGCCUUGGACUACUGGACAUGGUACCAAGGUUGUGCGUGGUGAGCCAUUAACCUUUUCUUUCCAUGUUGCUUGGGUUGAAGGUGGUGCUGGCAUUGGGUGGCCGGAGAGGCCUACGUUUGGCUCUUUCUUAGGUGCUGCUGCUGCUAGCCAGAGCUCUCGCUCUGGAGGGAUCUUCUCGGACCUGUUUCUCUUUGUCGCGGCCGCUUCUUUUGGCGCUUUUGCUGCGCUGUACUGGGAGCGCAAUGGCGGUCGUUUGCGAGGUCGCUCCGGCUGGCAGGGUGAUGGUAUCUUGGGCGCGCCUCCUCGGGGUAAAGGACCCGGCGUGACCUUUGGAAACGGCGGGCGUAUUAAUGGCUACGGCGGAUACUCUGCGGCUUCUAAUGGCGCGGGAACUGGCGGCGGGGGAUACGGAUUUCCUACUGGGAAGAGGGAUUGA